AUGGCGUCAUCAACACCUUCCAAGCCAAAAUGGGCAACAGUCAAGACAACUCUGCCUGUUCGUCCGUUGCCGCUCAACUCUACGUGGGCUCCAGUCACGACUGAUCGCUUAAUCAUCCGUGCCCUGGUUGCUGAAGACCUCGACAGCCUGCACCUGAUCCGCUCACAACCCGAGGUCAUGAUCAACACUCCCCAGGGAAGACCAGACAUAGAUGUUGAUGAAACCCGGCCAAGGCUCGAGUUUUUCCUACCGCCAAAGGAUGGGUCACACUACAACUUUGCCAUCUGCCUCAAAGAAACAGGCGAAAUGAUUGGCAUCGGCGGCUGUCACCAGAUCAAGUCUAUUUUCGGCUGGCCGGCCAUGGGAUACAUGUUUCGAACAGACGCCUGGGGCAAGGGAUAUGCGACCGAGUUCACCAAGGGGUGGUUGGACAUGUGGUGCAAGCUGCCCCGAGAAGAGGCAGAGAUCGAAGUGGACCAACGCACCUUUUCCGAGGGGGAUGAGCAGCCGCUGGAGAUCAUGGUGGCGUUUACGUCGGCGGAAAACCUUGCCAGCCAAAACGUCCUUAGCAAGUCUGGGUUCGAGCGAUUUUUGGACUGGGAGGAUGCUGAUUUGCGGAAUCCCGACAACCAGAUCACUUUGGUGGCGUAUAGAUAUUUUACGGGCAAGCACCUGGCCAACUGA